AUGUCACCUUCCCAUGUCCUCCGCUUCGAUAGAUCAGACGAGCAAGGCUCCUUUGUUUUAGUCCACUUGGUCCCCAAUGGAUCAUCCUCUCUCAACCUCACCUUGACUGCGACAGAGGGUGAAGGUGCAUAUACUGCCUCAGUCAAAGAAUCAAGCUUAAAAGAUCUCAGAUCCAAAAGCUACCAAGGUUCAGACGAUGAGUGGACCCAGGUGAUUCGCCGCGUUCUAGGCCAAUCGACCAAAGAUGAGAAUGAGACGACAUCCUCUUUCAAACUCGAAGCCACAGCCAGCAUCACAGAAUCAAAUGAUGAAAAUGAGAUCGUCAUCACCAUACGCAAAAGAGUUCAAGACAUCACACAAAGACUUGGAACAAUCACUUUAAAGCAAAGCGAAGCAGAAAUCGAACUCUUCGAAUGGGCAGGCACAGCAGCCGCUAGAAACAGGGCCUUGGAACAGGAGACCUCCACUCUGAACGCUCGUUACCAAGAGGCAGCAAGCACCGUCCAAAAACUAACCCAACAACUCGACGAUCUCGUCCAAGCAAAAGCCCAACACGAGAACCAAUUAAUGGCCAAUUUCACCCAGCUCUUGAAUGAGAAGAAAUUGAAGAUUCGGAAUCAGCAGCGUCUUUUGGCUUCCGCUACUGCCGAUCCUGAUAAAGUUUCCGAGAUGCAAGCCUCAGCAAUGCAAUUCAACCGGAGCCCAGAAUCCCCACGUCUCACAAAGCGCGGCCAUGGUAAUACUACCGAUGAAGAUUCGGAUGACUUUGAGCCAAUGGAUAUCGAUCGGGAGAAGAAGGCCGGCAAAUUGGCAGCGGCGACAGAGGCAGACUCUCAUGAUCAAGAUACUGACGAGGGAGGUCAAUCAACCCCACCACCUGGAAAUGAUGGAAACACAACUACAGAUGACGAGUCUGGAGAGGAACAGGAACAGGAACCAGACCUGAAGCAGAAGCGCCCUUCGGCUCCAAAGGCGAAAGAAGCUGCACCCCCGCCUCGACGUGAAUUACCUUUUACUCGACGGGGUGCAGUCACGACGCCAAAAGCUGCCACACCUCCGGCUGCGGCUGGUGAUGGGACGGGGGGAGAGACUGAUGAUGAUGAGCUUUAG